GUCACAACGGACCCCACGCGCUUUCGUGUUUCCGUCGUCUAUAUAAAGGCUGAGAGAGAACGGGUGCGAAAAUUUUCGGCAGAAGCAGCUUCUGUGAAGUUAGGGCUUUUAAGAGAGAGUCGAGAAGUGGCAGACGAGGAUGGGGUGUUGCUUUUCGGAUGUGAGAGGAGGUCAAGAAGCGGUCGGAGGGACCCAACAGAGGCCCAUAGGAGGAGUAGGAGUUGGAGGUGGAGGAGGCAACAAUGGUGGGCACAACGACGCCGUCGACCUCUUCUUCCGAGCUCGUGGUCAGCACGCUCUCUUCUCUCAAAUUGAGUUAUCCUUGUCUGCUUCAAAGUUACGUGAUCGCGACAUCAUGUCAAAGAGUGAUCCAAUGGCAGUUGUAUACUUGAGGAAAGGAGAUGGGAUGCUUGAGGAACUUGGGAGGACAGAAGUCAUACUAAAUAGUUUGGAUCCUGCAUGGAUUGAAAAGAUUUCCUUAGCUUAUCACUUUGAGACUGUUCAGCAUCUGGUGUUUCAUGUAUAUGAUGUCGACACAAAGUAUCACAAAGUACCUGUAAAGACAUUAAAGCUGAAGGACCAAGAGUUUUUAGGAGAAGCUAGCUGCGUGCUGUCAGAGAUAGUCACAAAGCAAAGUCGGAGUUUGACCCUGUCGCUUCAUAAUAAAAAUCUACAAGUAGGCGUGAGAAACCUGGGUACUCUGACUGUCCGUGCUGAGGAAUCUGUUGCUUCCAGGACUGCUGUUGAAAUAAUAUUCCGCUGCUCCCAGUUGGGAAACAAAGAUAUGUUUUCUAAAAGUGAUCCUUUCCUGAGAAUAUCGAGAGUAGUUGAGUCUGGGGGUUCUCUUCCUAUUUGCAAAACUGAAGUUAUCAACAACAACUUGAACCCUAGUUGGAGGCCCUUAUGUCUAAGCAUGCAGCAAUUUGGAAGCAAGGAGAAUCCAUUAGUCAUUGAGUGCUUUGACUUUGAUACUAGCGGAAACCAUGCACUUAUAGGUAAACUUCAGAAGUCAAUGGCAGACUUGGAGAAACUUCACAAAGGAAGAAAUGGUGCAAAUUUUACUUUACCAUCUUCUCAUCACGGCCAUGAAAAGGUUCUCAAGAGUCAGCUUUUCGUGGAUCAAUUUUGUGAGAAGCAACAGCACAGCUUUCUCGAUUACAUAUCAAGUGGUUUUGAGCUUAGUUUUAUGGUUGCUGUCGACUUUACAGCUUCAAAUGGAAAUCCCAGAAAUCCAGAUUCCUUGCAUUACAUUGAUCCUUCAGGAAGAUACAAUUCCUACCAGCAGGCUAUAAUGGAAGUUGGAGAGGUGAUUCAGUUUUAUGACUCGGAUAGACGAUUUACAGCGUGGGGAUUUGGAGGAAGGACUUAUGAUGGUACUGUGUCACACUGUUUUAACCUGAAUGGAAGUCCAGAUGGCUAUGAGGUCGAAGGAGUCGAAGGCAUCAUGGCUGCUUAUGCUGGUGCUUUGCACAAUGUAUCCAUGGCAGGACCCACUUUAUUUGGUCAAGUGAUCAAUAGGGCUGCUCAAAUUGCUGGCAAAUCACUUUCCUAUAACCAUAGCAAAUACUACGUUCUGCUCAUAAUAACGGAUGGAGUUCUCACGGACGAACAAGAAACCGUGGAUGCAUUAGUGAGGGCAUCGGAUCUUCCACUCUCAAUUCUGAUAGUUGGAGUUGGAGGUGCAGAUUUUACACAAAUGGAGAAGCUUGAUGCUGACCACGGAAUUAGAUUAGAAAGCUCUACUGGUCGGAUAGCCACGAGAGACAUUGUUCAGUUUGUUCCAAUGCGAGAAGUUCAUCGUGGGGGUAUAUCGGCGGCUCAAGCUCUUUUGGAGGAGCUUCCUGGACAAUUCCUGACUUACAUGCGGGCUAGAGACAUAAAACCCCGCAAUCCUACGCCGCCUUGAGCAGCUCUUUGAGAAGUGCCAUUUGCGCCCUAGUUUCUUGAACUUCUGAAUGGAUGACCAAAUGAACGAUUAUGUUAAUGCUCGAUUUGUGUACAGCUGCUAGCGGAGGUUUGAAAUUCUGUAAAGAGCUCUGUUGUUUGCUGUCAAUGCAACUUCUUUAAAAGCUGAAAAGAACUGGGAAGGGCAGAAGCAGCCUCAUUGCGCAAGUGUUGUUCCUGUAAAUUGCUAAUCAUACUGCAAGUAUGUGAAUAUCUUCGUGAAUACGAGUAUAGUUUAGUUUC